GGCAGUUACGCAGCUUCCGUUUCCGUUCCAUGGGCGUGAACAAAAGGGAUCUUUUGCCGCGUGCGCUCUCGCGCCGUGUUUGGCGAUACCGAGCAUUUACGUUACAUUUCUCGUGUAUUUGUUAGCUUUUGUUGCCUUUUUUCCAGCGGAAAUGGAGGCGUUAAACCAGCUCCUGUUGGAGUAUCCCGAGUUAAUGUUCACUGGAGUCGGAGCGACGGCGUCUGUGGCCGUCGGAGCGCUGAUAUACAAAAUCGCCACCAGAAAGAAGCCAACCCACGCAGACGUGAACUGCUGGUUUUGUAAUAAGAAUUCUGUGGUGCCCUUUGGGAACAGGAACUGCUGGGACUGUCCCAACUGUGAUCAAUACAAUGGCUUCCAGGAGAAUGGGGAUUACAACAAACCUAUCCCAGCUCAGUACAUGGAGCAUCUUAACCACGGAGUGUCUGGUAGCCUUCCCUCGACAACCAAGCCACAGCAAGCGGUUAACAGUCAGAUGCUCUUGUGCAGAAAAUGCAAUAAGAACCAGACUGUAGUAAUAAAGCAGUUGGCCUCGUUUGUCCCACGGGAUGAUGAGAACUACGAUGAGGAGAUCGAAGCAUACAAGCACCACCUGGAGCAGACCUAUAAGUUAUGUAGGCCGUGUCAGACAGUAGUAGAAUACUACAUCAAAUAUCAAAACCGUCAACUUCGAACCGUGCUCCUAAACCAUCCACUUCGACGCAGCGGAGAAUCAGACAAAGGCUUCAUAAAGAGCUCCUAUUCUGUGUCUUCUCCCACUGGGGUCAUCCUGUUACGGACCCUUGCCUUCCUGAUAUGUACGUUCCUAGUGGCUACGUCGUUGUGUGACUGGCCAUACCAGCUUACAUCGCUAAGUGGCCCACAGACAUUAAGUGGUGGGGUCAUUCCUCCAAAGCCUAAACCUCAAAAUGAGUCCAGCCCCAAGAACGAAAGCAGUGGAGACGUGCCUGUAUGGCAUGGUCUGCUGGAGCUCCUCCCAGAACAGGUCAUAGAUAAUGCAAAGCUGGUUUGGAAGCAUGGAAAGGACAACCAGUUGGCUGUGGUCUCUGUUGGCCUGCUGACUUGUCUCACUGCUAUCUUCUUAGCAGGAGUUGUGAGGUUGAGGAGAAUUGAUGCCGUGGUCUCUGUCCUGUGGUUCCUCAUCCUGUGCCUCCACCUGUCUGAGAGCUACUUGACUGAUGCUUCGGGCUGGAUGGACACAGCCAAGCUCGGUACCGUCUCCCUCUGUUGCUUAGUCAGCUUUGCCGCUGCUGUGGCAACUCGCAAACCACUGGGUCCAAGAAGAGCCAGAUAUCGAAGAUACCUUGCAGGCAGCAGCCAGCCUCCUUCGCUCUCUCUGGACAUGACAGACUCCCUCGUUUUGACCCCGCCACCCAACAUCUUCAAGCUCAUCAACUAUCAACAGAGUCCUCACGAGCGCAAGGCUUCCCCCUCCUCUCUGCCUGGGCGCCUCAGCAGAGCCCUCAGCCUCGGCACCAUGCCUUCCCUCUCCAGGACAGAUUCUGGUUACCUGUUUAGCGGAAGCAGACCAGCCUCACAAUACAAAGACUCCCCGCCCUCAGAUUACUUUUCACUGAUGUCUGGGAGCCGCCCAUCAUCCCCCGGCCCCUCUCCGACUCCUUCAGUAGCUGGGUCAGUGACAUCCAGCUUAGGAUCUGCCCGACAACGGCGCCCCCUCAUCAGCCCCGCUCGCCUCAACAUCAGUGGUCGGAAACUCCGGCUUUUCUCCACGGAGCCAGAACCGGCACUCAUGUCCCCAGCUGUGUCUUCAUCACAUUUCCAUGUAAAGUCGACCUCUUCCAUUUACAGUGGCUGCUUUUCGCCUGAUGUAUCACCCUUCCAAAGCCAAAACGAUUUGAGUUCUCUAUUGAGGGACAGUAGUGUGAUUGAAGAGGAAGAGAGGCGAGGCAGCUCCUCAGAGUCUUCUGCCUGCGUAGUCGGCACAACUACACAGGGACCUGAGAACCCUCCUCCUCCUAAAGGUUUAAUUAAACGUCUUGUCUGGCCGGGACUUCUCUUGGUCAGCUUGACAUCCAACCUGCUUUUCGCUGGCCUCUACAUGUACAACAACUGGAGAUGAACUGUGGAUGGGUCCGCUGCUGUCCUCAUGUGACCUGCACAGAGUGAGUUGGCCUCUGGCCUUAGACAACCAUGACGUGUCUCUGGAGCUGGAGAUUGUUAAGCGAUGUCAGAGAACAUCAAAUACCUGCCAGCUACUUGUUGUUUGCUGGUGCUAAGGGAAAUACAGUGGUCAGAAAAGGCGUACCUCCCAUUUGCUUGGAGUUACGAGAAAAAACGUGUAGUGAAAUCAGAAUAUACGCCUUUGAUUUAAUGUGAUUAAAGAUUGCUUGUAUAUUUUGUUUGGUAUUUUGGUUUGUCACUGCUCCUCUUACAUGAACGCAGGCACAUGUGUAAUUGAUUUAAAAGUCGCCAUUCUUGCACUGAUGCUAUACAACGUGUAAUAAACAUGUACUGUUCAGUUGAUGCUGCUUGGACGCAGAGGUUCAUGUCUUACCUACUGAUACUGAUUGUGAUGAGUUCAUUACCUCUCCCAACUGAAUAAAACUUCUGGUUUUACUCAACAGUAAACAGCAUGUUGUGUUUUUGGCGCCUACUUAGUUUUGCAUUUUGGAAAUGUGUACAAAUUUUUACUUUGUAACAUCAUAAUUUCACAGCACGGAUGUUUGCAGUUGUCAAAGACUGGUGUGUCAAACUUUAUCCUAUUAUGUUGUUUUGUAAUACGGUUUACAGUCAACAUUUUUAUUAUUCUGGUCUUUUAUAUCUAAUACAAAGGUGACACGUGUCACAAUCAUUCACUACAGAAAUGGUUCUCUUUCACCAAACCAUUUAUGUUUCCGUUAUCUCUUGUAGAUAUCCUGUUGUAAGGGGCAAAACUCUGAAGGUCAAGUGCAAUAUAUUGAAAAAACUUAUACGAUGUUUGCAUAAAAAUGGCACAGAAUUUUGGAUUAAAGUUUUACUCCGAACUGAGCUGUGAACUAAUUUAUAGAGCAAUUUUCUUGUAAUCAAACAUCUAAUAACUUUGUAUUCAAACACAUAUUCAAUUUGAAUGCAUUUGCACUUGUUUUUUUUUUCUGAAUUGUAUGUCCACUUUUAGUGGUUGGUUGUGUUGUAUUUUGAAUAUGUGAUUUGAAAUUGUUCUUUUAGAGUUGAAGAGCAGAUGUGUGAUUAUUGUGUGUGUGUGUGUGUUGAACAUGAGUUCCAAAAAGUUGUACAUAUUAAACACAUAUGUUAGAUGUUUCUAAACACAUAUGUUAGAUGUUUCUAAACACGUUAGUUAGCUUAUGUUGCUUCUUGUGUAAAAGUGUCAGGCUUUCAGGUCUUUAUUUUUACAUGUAAUGUAUUGUGUUGUUGAAUGACCAAGUCUGAUUUUAGCAGGGAAUCAUUUUUACCCUCUUUGUGGAAUUACUAGGUUAUGUAAUUUUUCUCAGACAAUGUCUAUUUUGAAAUUGUUGUAAUUUAAAGUGUGUAUUUGAAGUUCUUAUCUUGAGUCAAAGUAAUAAUUAAACUAUAUUCAAAUGAUUUUGGGGGGGGGGGGGGUCAAACAUCAACAAAAUAUACAGUAUGCCAACAUCUGCAUCCCACUAACCCUGCCCCCCCUGGGAGUCUGCCCCCCAAAAAACAUUAUUAGCAGUAGAAAAUAGAUUAAAAGAUACUUGUAACAAAUGGUACAAAAAUAAUUGAAGGAAAAAAACGCGUGGUAAAAUGAAAUGGAAAUUCUGAGGUUAUGGGCAGUUACAGGCAUCAUGUUCUAUUUCUUGUAGUGUAGACAUUAUUUUGGUGGAGGAAUGGUUCUCAUACUCUUUGACAAGACAUGAAAAUAUCUUUAAACAAGUCUGUCACAGUGCUCAGGCUAUUUCUUGACAAUAAUUAAUUAAACUAAUGUUAAUGUUAAGUUUCUGAGAAAACCAAACUUGCUACUGAAAGACCUCCAAAUCACUGGGAAUUGUCUAAGUUAAGAAAACUGUCUAGACAACCUUACAAUUAAUAAUAUAUUUUUUAAAGUAUUGUAACCAUUCGACAUACUGUAUACCGACUUGUAAAUUGGUACUAGAUGUGUUACCUGCCGAAUGUUUAUUUGCUUUGCUGAAGAAGGUCCAUUCAUCAGAUCAUGUGUACGUUGAAAUGUAAUUGUUCUUUCAACCGUAUUGAAUUUCAUGAAUGAGAAAACAUUUUUUUCAGUUAAAAUAAUUC